UGAAAAACAAGUAGGAAAGACCAUCCUUAGACAAUUUUGCAAAAGCAUAUUUUCCCACUUAAAUGAAAUAGCAGACGACUGAAGAGGGAAGAUACCCUCAUCUCCCCUGGACGCUUUCACAACCAACCAGAGAAGAAUGUUGGUGCCACUCUUUACACUUAGGGAGCAGAGCUCUGAGAGGUUGUCAUUUGCUAAGAGUGGUCUAAGCAGAGAAGCUCAGGCUCAGAGUUCCAAUAGGAUCUAAUGGACAAAGUGUUUUGGGGUCUCUCUCAGCGACCGAAAUCCACUCUCGUGGGCCAACCAUUUGCAAAAAGCACCUGCUGUUGUGGUCUACGGGAGCCAUGUCUGUCAUUACACUGGAACCUCGGCGCCCUCGGGUCCUGGGCAGCCCAGCAAGGUGGGCGGUCCUCCCGGUGCCGUCCCAAGCGUUACCGCGCCUGCGCAGACCAUCUCAUGACGUCACAGCCCCUGGGCCCCGCAGGUGGCGCUAGCGCCUGCGUACACCUUCCCUAUUGAGGCCGGGCCGGCCCGUCCGCCAGAAGCGCCUGCGCGUGCGCACGGAGGCCCUGGCUGACCCUGCUCUCUGAGGUCCUGCUUCCGGCUUGGUGGCGGCGCCUGUGAUCAGGUUGGGGGUUUUUUCGGCGGCCGCCCCGGGAAGGGCCUCGGAUUCCAGAAGUGAAGUUUGGGCAGGUGGAGGCCGGACAAGGGUGGCCAAAGGCGGUUCGGGUGGCAGCUGUGUUGUCUCGUCUUCUUAGUCCAGCAGAUGCCCUGAUCUUGAAGAGUUCAGGUUUCUUCUUCGCCUUCCAUCCAACCGCCCCGGGUCCCCUGGUGAGCGGCAGCGACAGUCUGGCGACCCGCUGCGGUAGAAGCUGGGUAUCUGGUUCGUGGCUUUUGCUCUGGACGCCACUUCAGACAUGGGGCGAGGGGACUGUAGUGGUCCCCGCCUCUGACUCCCAGGAACCCUGUUGGCUGCUCGAAUUGCCUGAUUCUGGCGCCCAACCCGCCGUCUGGGGACCCUCGGACUGGGAGAGGUAACGGGUUUGCCCAGGGCGGAGGGUUCACCCCACAUCUGUUGACUGGAGCGCCGCGGCCCCUCCAGCGAUCUUGCAGGUGUGUGUGUGGCGUGAGAGGAGAGAGAGGGUGUGGGCUUGGGAGAAAUUUCUUUCCUUACCCUUGGACUUUAAUAAACCUCUGCACCCCACAGCCGCUGGCGUUUUCUCAUCACUAAUUUCUUUCUCCCGAGGCUCUCCCAGUAUCACUAAGUGCUAUGGAAGGCGGGCUUCUGUAAAUCCUUUGUCUUGUCAAGGGUUGCAGAAAGGAAGAUUCAACAGUAUCACUCACUUUCUCUCGCAACAUAGCAGUGAAUCAUCUUCCAUAUUCACGGAAUAAAACUUCGCUGGUUUGUUUUAUGGUCACUUCAGGGCGAUAACAGGCAGCAGCUGAAUCAAAGAUGAGUCAUUAUUGUGCUAAGUGCUUGUAUUCCUUCUCUUGAAAACUUUGCUUAUCAUUGUCACAAGGAACCCUCCUGCUCUCUUCUCAUCGGCUUGAUAUUUGUCAGAAGAUUCACCGUUGCAUCGAUGGCUGCCUCACAAGCUUCAAAAACUGUUGCAUCUCACGUCCCUUUUGCAGACUUAUGUUCAACUUUGGAACGAAUACAGAGAAGUAGAGGACGUGGAGAAAAAAUGAGACACUUCAAAGAAUUUUUAGAUUCUUGGAGAAAAUUUCAUGAUGCCCUUCACAAGAACCACAGAGAUGUCACAGACUCUUUCUAUCCAGCCAUGAGACUCAUUCUUCCUCAGCUGGAAAGAGAGAGAAUGGCUUAUGGAAUCAAAGAAACUAUGCUUGCUAAGCUUUACAUCGAAUUGCUUAACCUACCCCGAGAUGGAAAAGAUGCCCUUAAGCUUCUAAAUUACCGAACACCUACCGGAACUCGCGGAGACGCUGGAGAUUUUGCCAUCAUUGCGUACUUUGUGUUGAAACCCAGAUGUUUACAGAAAGGCAGUUUAACCAUCCAGCAAGUGAAUGACCUUUUAGACUCCAUUGCCAGCAAUAAUUCUGCCAAAAGGAAAGAUCUGGUCAAAAAGAGUCUUCUUCAGCUCAUAACGCAGAGUUCAGCCCUUGAACAAAAGUGGCUGAUCCGGAUGAUUUUAAAGGACUUAAAGCUUGGAUUUAGUCAGCAAACUAUAUUUUCUCUUUUUCACGAUGAUGCUGCUGAGUUGCAUAACGUCACCACAGAUCUGGAGAAGGUCUGCAGGCAACUGCAUGAUCCUUCGGUGGGACUCAGUGACAUUUCCAUCACUUUAUUCUCGGCCUUCAAGCCAAUGCUGGCCGCUAUCGCCGAUAUUGAGCGAAUUGAGAAGGACAUGAAACACCAGAGUUUCUACAUUGAAACCAAGCUAGACGGCGAACGUAUGCAAAUGCACAAAGACGGGGACGUGUAUCAGUACUUCUCCCGAAACGGAUACAACUAUGGGGACCAGUUUGGAGUUUCCCCACAGGAAGGGUCCCUUACCCCGUUCAUUCAUGGCACAUUCAAAACAAAUGUCCAAAACUGCAUCCUUGAUGGUGAGAUGAUGGCCUACAAUCCGAACACGCAGACCUUUAUGCAGAAGGGGAAUAAGUUUGAUAUUAAAAGGAUGGUGGAAGAUUCUGACCUGCAGACUUGUUACUGUGUUUUUGAUGUGUUGAUGGUUAAUAGCAAAAAGCUAGGACACGAGACCCUGAAGAAUAGGUAUGAAAUUCUUAGUAGUGUCUUUACGCCCAUACCAGGUAGAAUAGAAAUAGUGCCGAAAACACAGGCUCACACUAAGAAAGAAGUAAUUGAUGCUUUGAACGAAGCCAUAGAUAAAAGAGAGGAGGGGAUCAUGGUCAAAUAUCCUCUGUCCAUCUACAAGCCAGACAAAAGAGGCGAAGGAUGGUUAAAAAUUAAGCCGGAGUAUGUCAACGGACUGAUGGAUGAGCUGGACAUCUUAAUUGUCGGGGGCUACUGGGGGAAAGGUGCACGGGGUGGAAUGAUGUCUCAUUUUUUGUGUGCUGUGGCCGAGAAGCCCCCCGCCGGUGAAAAACCGUCAGUGUUCCAUACCCUCUGCCGCGUGGGCUCAGGCUACACCAUGAAAGAACUGUAUGACCUGGGUUUGAAACUCGCCAAACAUUGGAAGCCUUUUCAUAGGAAAGCUCCACCAGGAAGCAUUUUAUGUGGAACAGAGAAGCCAGAGGUGUACAUCGAGCCUUGCAAUUCAGUCAUCGUUCAGGUUAAGGCGGCAGAGAUCGUCCCCAGUGAUAUGUACAAAACUGGCUGCACGUUGCGCUUUCCACGCAUCGAAAAGAUAAGAGAAGACAAAGAAUGGCAUGAAUGCACGACCCUGGAUGACCUGGAACACCUUCGAGGGAAAGCGGCCGGAAAGCUGGCGUCCAAGCACCUUUACGUAGGUGACGAGGAACCCCAAGAGAAAAAGCGGAAAGCCGCCCCAAAGGCGAAGAAGGUCAUUGGAAUCAUCGAGCACCUCAAAGCGCCUAACCUUUCCAACAUCAACAAGGUCUCUAACGUGUUUGAGGACGUGGAGUUUUGCGUCAUGACUGGAAGCGACAGCCAUCCCAAGCCUGAUCUGGAGAGCAGAAUCGCAGAGUUUGGGGGUUACAUAGUGCAGAAUCCGGGCCCCGACACAUACUGCGUGAUCGCAGGGUCUGAGAACAUCCGAGUGAGAAACAUCAUCUCUUCAAAUAAGCACGAUGUCGUCAAGCCCGAGUGGCUCCUCGAGUGUUUCAGGACCCAGCGCUGUGCGCCCUGGCAGCCUCGCUUCAUGGUUCACAUGUGCCCGUCCACCAAACAGCACUUUGCCCGGGAAUAUGACUGCCAUGGUGACAGCUACUUUGUCGACACAGACGUGAACCAACUGAAGGAAGUGUUCUCGGGAAUUAAAACUCCGGGGGAACAGACGCCGCGGGAGAUGGCUCCUGCGAUCGCCGACUUGGAACACCGCUAUGCUUGGGACAGGGCUCCUCUCAGCAUGUUUCGACACCACACUGUUUAUCCCGACUUGUAUGCAGUGAUUAACGACCCGAGUACCAAAAUCGAGGGAACGAGAUUGGCUAUCACGGCCUUGGAGCUUCAGUUUCAUGGGGCAGAAGUAGUGUCUCAUUUAGCCGAGGGAGUGUCUCACGUCAUCAUUGGCGAAGAUCACAGUCGGGUUGCAGACUUGAAAGCUUUUCGAAGAACUCUUAAGAGAAAGUUUAAAAUCCUCCCAGAGCGUUGGGCAGUUGAGUCAAUAGACAAGUGUGAAUUACAGGAAGAAAAUCAAUAUUGGGUUUAAAGCUAGCUUUCUUCUGAGCAAAGCCUCUGAUCUGGCUGACUCACUACAACAGUUUAUAAUGAUAAAAUGUGAACCCCCAGUUUAUUUUUAGCUCUUAAAAUCUAGGCUUAGGCAGUAUUAUUAGAUACAGAAACACACUAAUUUUAACUUUUGAUGUGGAAAAGACAGUGAAUGGCCCAAAGUUGAGAAAGAAAAGGUUUUUUUAGCAGUGUAGUAUUUGUUUUUAUAAGCAAGAUGAAAUAAAGUUUAAAGUUAUACUCUCCCUAUAGAAAUCUAGAAUUUUGACCCAGAUAUAAAUAAAAUACCUUUACAAGCUUUAGCGUCAUUAAAAGUAUUGACCUAAACAGGAUUUUCUGAAGUCAAAUAAAAAUUUUAGUAAUAGUUUUUAUCUAACUGCCAAAAAAAAAAAAAUCAGAAUUGU